AUGACAAGUGAAACAAACUCUGUGGAUUCCUACUUGCCCUCCCAAACAAGAUGUUCUAAAAUAGAUGACAACUACUUGAAGGAAUUAAAUGAGGAUUUAGAGCUAAGGAAGCAGGAACUCCUGGAAAUGCUAAAACCUGUAGAAGAUAAGAACCCUCUCUUAUUACAGAAGUUAAUGUUUAACUUGGAGGAAAAACAGAAAAGUCUGCAAAUCAUGAGGCAAAUCUUGGCAAAGAAGGGGAGUGAUAACUCCUCAGUCACAGAGCUCAUUAAGGAAGCAGAGGAGAUGAAGCAAAAUCUGGAAAGGAAAAACAUGAUGCUUCGGAAUGAAAUGGAGAUGCUAUGGAACAAGACAUUUGACAAAGAAGAAACAAAUAAUCAGCAAAAAUCACCACAGAUAAAAAUCAAGGAAAACUUGAAAGACGAAAAGGUUCUCAAGUUCCCCAUUUCACCGAGAAAGACCAGGAAUGAACUGGAGACAUCAAGUUCAGAGAAAGCAAAGUAUGAUUUUCAUGGCAAAGUGGUUGAACUGAAAAUUGAAGACUUAAAGAACUACCAGAAGAUCAAAGACCAGAAAGCAUCACUGUAUUUAGAGGAGAAAUUGGAGUCCAAACAAGCAUUCUUGAAUAUUCCUGAGUCCCAAGAGUAUUAA